AUGCUAAUUUUAAACUGCUUAUCAUACUUGGGCGCUAUUUUGGGAUUUGUUGGAUUAACCCUUAGCAUUGCUUCUGCUUUGUAUUAUGUAUCGGAGUUCAUAGAAGAGCAUACAAAGCUUGCUAAAGCCUUUUUGACACGUAACUACGUCUACAAGCUUAAUUUUGAUACAUUCCCAUUCUUUUCUUUCCGUCGUCUACGGUUUUUAUUGGCUUGUGCGUUGAUUAUUAUCAAUCACCUCUUGUGGGUUCGAUUCUUUCAAACACACGAGUUUCCGGGUCGUCCACGGGGCGUCACUUACGACUUUCUUGGUCAAAGAGUGGCAACAUACCGUGCCACCUUUUCUCAGGUAGCCUCGUUUAUGGGAAUUUGCGUUUGGUCGGUUCCUAUUGGAAUCUUUGUGUCGUUCACCGCUGCUGAUAAUGCUUUGCCCACCACCAUAGCUACCGAUUCUUCUGAGACCUCUUCCUAUCCUGUUUCCUCAAGCCAUCAUCAAGUCCGUGCAUCCAAUGUCUUGCGUCAAAUGUACAAGAAAAUUGGUGCCUACAUUGAACGGUCUCUUGUCGCCUUAGGUUUAAGUGACCAUAUGGGCGCAAAUGAACGUUUCGUUUGA